AGUAGAUUUAGCAGUGUUUAUUGCAUAACAGCACCAAUAAAACUUGAGUUUCUGGUUUUCGAAAAGGCACCAAAUUGGAUAACCUUUGGCAACUAACGUGACGUUAGCAUACCAUUUGUGCAGUCAGUUACCAUGGUUACAAGCCACAAGGUAUAACGCUAACUACGGUGUUACAAACAACCCAGAGUAACGUUAACGUUAUCCAAUUCGGACAUUCUCGAUUCCAUGCAUCUUAAUCGCAUUACAAUCGUAAUGAUGAAACGUUAACAUGCUUUGAUGCUAAUUAACGUAGAGGACGUCCCGGUGAACGGGAUGGGAGAGCCGCCUGUGGUGAUCCUCCAGCGCCUGAUGAGUGGCAGGUAGUGACGGUGCAAAAGCAAUGCUGUGCUGCCUGGUACAAUGAAGAAGAUAUUCAGCUUUACUAAGAAAAAGAAACACCCGUCCGGCACUCCUGACAAUGGGAGUGUGCUCUCUGUUGGCUACGAUUUGAAAGAGAAGGACCUCGGGAAGGUUCACAAGGCUGCCUCAGUGGGUGAUUUGGCCAAGUUGAAGCAGCUUGCUAAAAAGAAUGAUAUCAAUCAGCUUGAUAAGGAGAACAGAACUGCACUUCACAUUGCCUGCGCCAGUGGACAUGCUGAGGUGGUGCAGUUCCUCGUUGAGAGCAAAGCCAAGCUUAACCUAUGCGACAAUCAAAAUAGAUCCGCCUUAAUGAAGGCAGUGCAGGGCCAGCAUGAGCGCUGUGUGAACAUACUGCUGGAGAAUCAUGCCGAGCCGAGCCUGGUGGACAUCAAUGGCAAUACAGCCCUACAUUUAGCAGCAAACAUUCCAUCCAUUUCCACUGCUGUCCUGCUGCUGGAGCAUGAGGCUGACAUCAAUGCACAAAAUAAGGAGGGAUUCACACCCUUGACGGUGGCAGUCCGCGAGGACCAUAUCGAGAUGGCUGAGUUUCUCCUCAAGGAGGGUGCUGGUGUAAAUUUUAUGGACCAAAGCCAAAGGUCCCCAUUAAUGAUAGCUGCUGGUAAUGGACAAAUUGGUAUGUUGCGGCUGCUCUUGCGGUUUGAUGCAGAUAUCACACUAAAGGAUACCAAAGGAUGGUCGGCUGAUGACUACGCAGUGAUGAAUGGGCAUCAUCCUUGUUCCCUCCUGAUCAUUGAGCACAGUACCCAGAGGAAUGAUGGACCCUCACUAUCACAUCAAGGUCCGAGCAAAAAGAAUAAAAAAACACUGUUGGGCAGUCCUUCCCAAGAUGUUGAAGCAGGCUUCUCCUUGGGAGGACCAGCCACUGACAAAGAUGAUUUUGAAGACAAUUCUCAGUCCGAGUCAUUAAGUCGUGUUUCAAAAAGUGCUGCAGAUGAAUGGCCUUCAUCAGAAGAUGAUGAUGAAUCAGCUUUAAUCGAAAAGAAACCACAGAAGGUAAACCUCAGGAAAAUGAUUGCAUCUAAAAGAGGAGAAGCUUCUGCACUGCCUGACAGAUCGCUGAGUGGUACAGAAUCAGAGCCAGAGAGUGAUAAUAGAGUCCAGAGAAUCCCAUCCCUUCCAAAGGCUUUACCAUCCAGCAAAGCUCCACAGCUCCCAGUAGAUCCCUCUCCUGUUUCCUUCCUUUUCAAAGCACCCCAGAUGACCUCAUCUCCUCUUCCGAGCUACAGAAAGAAAGAAGAUUCCACUGGGGAUGAGGAUGAUAAUGACCAAGAUGAGGAGGAAGAUGAUGAUGAUGAGGAGGAAGAGGAAGAGGAGGAAGAAAAUGUCUCAGAUGAAAAUGAUCAACCCGAAGAGAGUCGAGAGCCCCUUGACGCCACUUCAGCUGCUCCUGAGACAGAAGUCUCUAAAGAUAAGAAAAGAGAUUUCCUUUCUGAGCUGGGUCUAGAGAAAGGAGAGGAAGAGCAGGAUUCUUGGGACUCUGAGUCCCACUCUGAAAACUCCAACAUGCCGCAUGAGGAAAAACAAAGCUUGCAUACUCAGGAUCAAGAAGACCAGUCCACUGUAAAAGAAGAGACUAAAGACAACUUGUUGUAUAUUCCCUCUUUUUUAAGAGGGGAAGGAAGCAAUAGGAUGGCAGUCGUAAAGCUUCGGGGGAGUGUAGGCAGGCCAAGAGGCAGCCAGGGAGAGGCUGGAAACAAUAAUGAAGGCGAACAUGUUGAUAAAGAUGAUACUAUACAGAAAGAGACUGAAAAGGCAAAGUGGGAACCACUUCGUGUUUUGAGCAAACUUGAAGGAGAUAACGAACGAAAGACAGAUUUAAUGGAAGAGCUUGGUCUGGGUGAUGUUGAUGACCUUGAAGAUGCAUCAGACUGGGACUCAGCUAGUACUGCCAGUAAGAGAACCCUGCCUGGCCGCAGAUUGGCCUCCUCCCCUGGAUUUGAGGAGUUCCCAGAAUGCUCCUAUCCACCUGUUAAAGAGCAGGAUGAAGACGUUGUUCCAGCAGCGCCCUUGACACCUCAGAGGAGCAUUAGCUCCAACAAGACACCGCCCCCCAGCACACCCCCUCAACCUGUGCCCCAACCUCGAGCAAGAACGAUGGUUCCUCAGAAACCAGAGAGUGAAGAGGAGUCAGAUUGGGAACCAGACAACACAACACCUCCUUCCAAUACAGCCAAAACUGACAAUCAGCUGCAAAACAUAGCUGAGCUUCAGGCAGUGGGUACACCAGGUUCCCCUGAGCUCUCACCGAUGGCAGGGGACAGUAGAAGUAAUGCAGCAUCUGACAAGCAGGAACAAAAGGAGAUAGAUGAUGCUCUAGAUACAUGUGAGUUAGAUCUAAAUAACCCACAUCCAUCUGGCCAUGUGGGCUCUGGCGGUGGAAUACAGGAUAUUGGUUUUAAAGAUCAACGAAGUCCUGAAGAAAGAGACGGAGCAGGUGAAAAUGUCCCGUGGGAGAAUCGUUAUGAGAAGCUCUGGGUAGAGGUGGAGAAAAAGGAGGCAAAAUCCACCUUCAAGAAUGUUGCUGGUGAAUUAAAAGAGAAGUUCGGAGAACUGCUUAAAUCAAGACAUUCUGCUGAACACGCCCCAGAAGAAGAGCAGGCCAUGGCUGAGUCUACUUCUGCAGAAGAAGAGUCAAGUGAUGAAGAAGAAGGGGAAAUCAUUGUGCGCCCAAUGGCCAGAGCGAGGAGUACUGUCCUUCUUACCAUACCUGAGCAGAGGGAGUCUGGACUGGAAGACUCUGCGACAGAGUCGACCGACAACUCCUUAUGUGAGGACAGGAUGCAGGUCCGUGAGCCGCCAGCUAGUGAGACCAACAUGUGUCAAGACCCGGAUCUGUUGACUGAUGAUGCUCUGGAGGAACGCAGGUCUCUUCCAAUACGACCCACUAUGGCACAGAGAGACAGCAACAUAGAUCCUGUUCCCACAGCUUUUGCUGAUGAUAACACUGUACCCGUGUCUGAUAUUGACUGUUGCACAUUCUUAAAAGAUGAGGCCGAACUUGAGCAAUCCCAGAAAUCACGUCUGGACCUUAUCUGGAAGAACAACACUGCUAAUCUAGAUGAGGCUGAGAAGAACAAUGCAAGUUCAGAGGAGGAUCCUGAGGAAUUCACCAAGUCUCGCCCCCCCUCAAUUAGCAGACCUUCAGCAUCUGUCCCAGGUGUUUCGGAUGAGGAGCUGGAAGAGGACAUGGAAAGAUUUAAACAUGAGGUAGGGAUGCUGAAGGUUGUCUUCCUGGAUAUGGAGAAAGAAAAGGCCCAGCUCCAGAAAGAGGUUGGCAAAGAGACGACAAAGACUGCAAUGGAGUUGCAAAAAUCCAGCACUUCCUGGGAUACUGGUGGAACGACGCUGGAAGACGUGGGUACUAAGAAACCUGAGAACAGGUUAGGAUGCCUGUCAAGUAAAGCUGGAGCAGUUCAGCAGGAACAGCAGCCUGCAGCCACCAAGAGCACCAACGGGGCACCAGUGCAAUUGCAUCUCCCGCUCCAGCAGACCUACAGUAGCAACAAACAGGAGGGGCAAGCUGUAGAGGAGACCCUACAGCCGGAGCUGGUCAGAGGGGCCUGGCGCAGUAGAGCCCCUCAGACCAACACUCAUGUCAAUGGAGAUCCUCUCUCUGUGUUUGAUGAUAGCACUUUAAGUGAAGUGUCGGACGAUGAAGGAAGGUUUCCAACCAGUGGAAAACAGAAAGACGAGAACCCUGAAGAAGUGGAGAUGGCAGAAGACUUUGAUGAGCUCACUCAGUCGUCGGACACAGCCACAGAUGACAUCGACUCUCCCACUUCAGGAUAUCGUCACGCAUCCCUCCUUAUUCAGAAGCUGGACUCAGCCACUCUGGACUCGAGAAGCAUGGUGAAGCUGCAAAACAUUUUCCAUGAAUACGAGCGCUCCAUCCAAAAGGCAAGAAGUCGUCAUGGGUACCUGGCAGACAAGGUGAGCCAGCUGGAAAUGGAGAGGUCGGAGUUGAAAGGCUCUCUGGAGGAAGUUAAAGAUAUUAAAUCUGCCUUGGAGCGCAGCCAGCUGGAAUUGCAGACUGAAGUCACAAACCUCAAAUUUCAGCUGAAACAGGAGCAAGAAAACCGCCGCAACGCCACCAUGAUGUACAAUACGACCAAAGAUAAGCUGAGGAGGACGGAGGAGCAGCAUCAGUUGGAGGUUCAGGAGAGACAGAAGGUGGAGCUCACCCUCAGGAAUCUGGAGCUGGAGAUGAGAACUCUGGUCAACAACAUGAAACAACUUGAAGAGGACCACAGUGAGACCCAGAGACUGCUGGCUCAGGAGCGCAGCGCUCGGACACUGCAGGAGAAUUUGCUCAACAGCCAUCUCCGUAAGCAGCAAGAGAUAGAGGACGAAAACAAAAGAAACAUCAGCAAAAGCAACGAGGCCUUGUCUCAGCUCACUGAGGCCAGUGACAGGGAGAGGGAGUUGCUUCAGCAGAAUGCCACCUUCCAGGAGCAGCUGACCAUCCUGAGAACAGACCUUGAGCGUUCACAGGCCAACAGUAGUCUCAAAGAGAGCCACCUCAUGGAGGAGAACGAGGCCCUCAAGGAACAGCUGGAGGAUGCUCGGCGAGAUCUUAAACUCAACAGCGAGGCCCUGACCCAAACUGUCUUUAACUGCAAUAACCAGGUGACUGCCCUGAAGUCUGAGUUAACUAUAAUAACAACUCGACUGGAAAAUGAGCGGCAGACUCGUGAAGUGCUGGAUGCAGAGGUCGGAUCCAUUCGUAGCCGCCUGGCCGAAGCUGUAAAAGAGACGGAGCGUUGCCUGGCAGGUCACACAGACACAGAGAGAGCUCUGCUGCGGGAGAAAGAGGAGCACCAGCGUCUUAAAGACAAACUCACAGGUGAAGCAGCCAGUCACCGUGAGGCAGUCAGCAGCCUGUCCCAGAAGCUGGCCAAGGCAGAGACUCAGGCAAACAGCAUGGAGAAUGAAGUUCAUCGGGCCACACUGCAGCUGACAGAGAAAGGUCUGCUGCUGGAGGUCCUGCAGCGGGAGAAGGACCAGGCGGCUGCACGUAUCAAGGAGCUAGAAUCGGCUCUGCAGGCAGAGAAGGAGCUGGUCAGCCGUGCCGGGGCACGCCAAGAGGCCACACAGGAGCGACUAGCCCAAACCCAGAGUGAGGGCAUGUUACUACGGCAACAGCUAGAGGAGGCCCAAAACAAAGGUGUAGCAAAGGAGCGUGCUGUGACAGAUGCUCAGGAGCGCUUUAGUGACAUUCUCUCCAAGCUGCGCUCUGACUGCGAAGAGAGAGUACAACUAGUGGAGGAGAGAAAUAAGGAUCUCGCCAGUAAGGCCGCUGAUCUCCGAGAUCAGAUCUACAAGUUAGAGGAAGAGAAGAGCGAAAGAGAGACUAGUCUAAGGCAGCUUCAGCAGGAGCUAGCUGACUCACUCAAGAAGCUGUCAAUGAGUGAAGCUUCUCUGGAGGUCAACACACGGUACCGCAAUGACCUGGAGGAGGAGAAGGCUCGGCUCUUUAAAGACUUGGACAGGCUCAAAGGAAAGCUGGAGGAAAGCGAACACCAGUACGUGCAGGCUGAGAGACGUAUUAACAGUCUGAAGAGCAGUCUGGAUGAAAGGGAAAAAGAACUCAACACUGCCCUUCAGAAACACCAGGAGGCGCUGUCCACCUCAGCAGCUUCAGAUACUACCAUCAAACAGUUGGAGGAAGCUGUGCAAAGGCUCGAGAUAGAGAACGCCAGACUUGAAGCGGCUGCAAAGCAACAGUCCAACAAAAUUGAUGCACUUCAGAAAGGCGCUGAGAAAUCUGCUAUGCUAUCUGACUGCUCGCCUGGAGAAGGGGUCAGAGGUCAUUUGGAGGACUUGGUUACAAACCUCCAAAGCAGUAAGAUGACUUUGGAAGACCAACUCAGUCAAGAGGUCCAGAAGCAAAGCAUGCUGUCUCACACCGCCCAGAACUCUCAGGCCAUGUGGGAGGAGGAGCUGAAGGGCCGCUCCAAGUUAGGUCUGCGCCUGGCAGAGCUUGAAAAGGAGAAAGCAGACCUGAGCACCCAGAUGGAAAUAGAGAAGAAGAAAGCCAAGAAAAUAGCUGAGCAGAAGAAGGCUGUUGACACACGGCUGGAUCAAGAGAUGAAGAGAAACACAGAGCUCCAAAAAGAAAUGUACAGGUUGCGUACUUUGUUAAAGACUGCAAAGAAGAAACUGCGGGAUCAGGAGACAGGUGGGGCUGAAUUUGGCUCUCCUAUGAGCAGUCUACGGAUGGACGUAGGCAGACACAGCCACGCUGAAGGUGCCUUGGAACGAAUGAGAGAAAAGGUGGAUGAUCUGCAGUUGCAGCUGGAGAAGGAAGGGUCCCGUCGCAGCCAGCUGGAGAAGGUGAACGGGGACCUGAAGGAUCAGCUGGCCUCCCUGAAGGGCCUGAGCCGCAGUAAUGACCAACUAGAGAGGAGUAAGAGGCAGUUGGAGGAGGAGGUGCUGGACCUGAGACGCCGGAUGGAAACGGCUCAGGUGGAGCAGAGCCAGGUGGAGCAGUACCGACGUGAUGCAGAGGAGAGGGCCCGUAAGGAGAUACAGCAGAAACUGGAGCAGGUCAACAACUUCCUGCAGACCCAGGCAGCAUCGCAAGAAGCACUGGAUCAGAUUAAAUCGGCCAAUGAGGCUAACCUGCGCUCCCAGCUGGAGCAGAAGAUCCGGGAGCUAGAGGGAGAUCUGGCCCGGGCCCGCACCACCAGUCAUGACAGCCUCAACCAAAGAGACUCCACACGCACAGAGCUAGAGCGAUACCGCCAACUCUACAGAGAGGAGCUUCGCCUCCGCAAGUCUCUGGCUGCAAAACUAGAGAGAGCCAACAGCCGGCUCGAUGAAGCCAAUUCCAAGUUGCUCAACGAGCGCAGCAGGUCUCUGAUCACAAGCAGCAUCGCAAACGGUGGCCUUGGAGGGUCCUCGCUGGACGUGGGCUCUUUGGCUUCACCAACACACUAUGGGGCCACACUGGGGCCCCUAAACAGGAGCCUAGGCCUGGGGAUCUCCCUCCUCAGCCCUGUGACUGAGGGGCAGAACAGCAGGGUGGAGGACUACCUAGCCAGGAUGCAGAGUGAGUUGGAUAAAGGCAUAUCAAGGGAAUUAAACAAUGCCACAGCAGAGCUGGACGCUGCUUCAGCCCGUAUGUCGCCGGUGGGCUCUGCCUCGAGGGUUGAGCUGGACCCCGUCAGCAGGGCAACGCAGCAGUACUUGGAGGUACUAAAGAAGAACAACAUGAUCUGAACACACACCACAGCUGCUCGCAAUCACAUGUAUUUUAGCCAGUAAAAAAAAAUAAAAGCCACCGCCCAGUCACGAAACACCAGUAAUCCAGUUUUGUAUCUAUUUACCUUCUUUUAUGAAAAAGCAAACAUAAUGCACAUUGCACUUAACCACUCAGGAGCAAAGGGCAUGAGUCAUAUAAUAGAUGUUGCAUCAUUGAUGGGUACAGUUAGAGAGAACCUCGAAAGUAUUUGUUCUAAUCUGUUCAAUCUGUUACCAUUCUGUUUCUAUUAGCACUAUAUAUAUAUAUAUAUAUAUACAUACAGAGUCCUGGUUUGGAUUUUUAUUUGUGAAUGUUGGUGUUGCUAAAUCUGAAUUUCUAAGUAUUUGAUGUAUGUAUCAUUAAUUUUUGCCAAGAUAUUACAUUUGGUACGUGCCAUCAAAUGGUGCAAUAUCUGUCUUGGUCUUAGACUCAUCGGAGUAUUGUGUUUAUGGUUAUUUUUAUUUAUUCACUAAUAUUUGUUUUUUUAUGAACAUGAUAUACUUGAAUAAGACGAGCUGGAAUACUCUCUGGCCAUCGAAACAGGGUGACUACAUUUGUACAACUGACAUUUCAGCUUUUGUUUGGCUUGCUUUUAGAGCCACCAGAAGUGAAACACGCUUGGUUUUUUGUUUUGUUUUGUUUUUUUCAUUAUUCAUAAAUACUGUAACAAAAUCAAUAAAGGAAAACAUUAAUGACGCCUGUACAUUACAGAAGACUCUAAAGUUGUACAUAAAAAAUAAAAGUAAAAAACCUUGAACUUGAGUGAAAUAUUGAUGUCUGAUGUGGACAUGAGAAGCAAAAGAUCCAAUAAAAUUACCAAGGAUUUG